AAUUGACAAGAAGGUGUUUUGUUAAAAUUCCUGUGGAAACAAAAUAUAAUUUCAUAAGGAGAUAAUGGAUGGAGAAGAGAAAACAUACAGAAGGUGUGAGGGCCCAGAUGCUAUGUAUGUGAAAUUGAUAUCUUCUGAUGGUCAUGAAUUUAUUGUAAAAAGGGAGCAUGCUUUAACAUCAGGAACAAUAAAAGCCAUGUUAAGUGGCCCUGAUCACACAGCUGGCCAGUUUGCUGAAAAUGAAACCAAUGAGGUUAAUUUUAGAGAAAUUCUAUCACAUGUGUUAUCAAAAGUAUGCAUGUAUUUUACCUAUAAGGUUCGCUACACUAACAGCUCUACAGAGAUUCCUGAAUUCCCAAUUGCACCUGAAAUUGCACUGGAAUUUCUGAUGGCUGCAAACUUCCUAGACUGUUAA